CCCCCCCGUGGUGACAGUUUCUAGAAGCACGUCCCGCCGUCCUUUGCGCUCGCAACAUGGAGGAGCUGACGGUGGAAGUGCGCGGCUCCAAUGGGGCCUUCUACAAGGGAUUUAUCAAAGAUGUUCAUGAGGAUUCACUCACUGUUGUGUUUGAAAACAAUUGGCAGCCAGAGCGCCAAGUACCCUUUAAUGAAGUCAGAUUACCUCCACCUCCUGAUAUCAAGAAAGAAAUUGGUGAAGGAGAUGAAGUGGAGGUUUAUUCUAGAGCAAAUGAUCAAGAGCCUUGUGGCUGGUGGCUGGCAAAAGUUCGAAUGAUGAAAGGAGAGUUUUAUGUCAUUGAGUAUGCUGCUUGUGAUGCCACCUACAACGAAAUCGUGACUUACGAGAGGCUCCGACCUGUGAAUCAAAAUAAAACCGUCAAAAAGAACACGUUUUUCAAGUGCACAGUGGAUGUUCCUGAAGAUCUGAGAGAUGCAUGCGCUAAUGAAAAUGCACACAAAGAUUUCAAGAAAGCUGUGGGAGCGUGUAGAAUUUUCUAUCAUGCUGAAACAGCUCAGCUAAUAAUACUUUCUGCCAGUGAAGCAACAGUGAAGAGAGUGAACAUACUGAGUGACAUGCAUUUGCGCAGCAUUCGCACCAAACUUAUGCUUAUGUCAAGAAAUGAAGAAGCUACAAAACACUUAGAAUGCACAAAGCAGCUUGCAGCAGCAUUUCAUGAGGAAUUUGUAGUCAGAGAAGAUUUAAUGGGACUUGCUAUAGGAACCCACGGCAGUAACAUACAGCAAGCCAGGAAGGUUCCAGGAGUUACUGCAAUUGAACUUGAGGAGGACACCGGUACUUUCAGAAUCUAUGGCGAGACUGCCGAUGCAGUAAAAAAAGCCAGAAGUUUCUUGGAAUUUGUGGAGGACUUUAUUCAGGUUCCCAGGAAUCUUGUUGGAAAAGUUAUUGGAAAAAAUGGAAAAGUGAUUCAGGAGAUUGUAGACAAGUCUGGAGUCGUCAGGGUGAGGAUUGAAGGAGAUAAUGAAAAUAAACUGCCUCGUGAAGAUGGAAUGGUACCAUUUGUAUUUGUGGGUACUAAAGAAAGCAUUGGAAAUGUCCAGGUUCUUCUAGAAUACCACAUUGCGUAUCUGAAGGAGGUAGAACAACUAAGACUGGAAAGGCUCCAAAUCGAUGAACAACUGCGUCAGAUUGGUAUGGGUUUCAGACCUUCCUCUGCUAGAGUUCCCGAAAAAGAAAAGGGUUACACAACUGAUGAGAGCACCCUCUCCUCAGUGCAAGGUUCCAGAUCGUACAGCGGAAGAGGGAGAGGCCGCAGAGGCCCCAGUUACACAUCUGGUUACGGUACAAACUCUGAGCUCUCUAAUCCCUCUGAAACAGAAUCUGAGAGAAAAGAUGAACUUAGUGACUGGUCCCUGGCAGGAGAAGAUGACAGAGAAAGCAGACAUCAGCGUGACAAUAGACGACGUCCUGGAGGACGAGGACGCAGUGUGUCUGGAGGCCGUGGACGUGGCGGACCUCGUGGUGGCAAGUCAUCCAUUAGCUCUGUGCUUAAAGAUCCGGACAGCAACCCUUACAGCUUACUUGAUAAUACAGAGUCGGACCAGACUGUGGAUACUGAUGCCAGUGAAUCUCACCACAGUAGCAACCGUCGCAGGAGGUCACGCAGGCGAAGGACUGAUGAAGAUGCUGUUCUAAUGGAUGGAAUGACAGAGUCUGAUACAGCUUCUGUUAAUGAGAAUGGUUUAGAUGAUAGUGACAAAAAACCCCAGCGACGCAAUCGUAGCCGCAGGCGUCGCUUCAGGGGUCAGGCAGAAGAUAGACAGCCAGUAACAGUAGCUGAUUAUAUAUCACGAGCCGAAUCUCAGAGUAGACAGAGAAACCCUCCGAAGGAGACAUUAGCCAAAAGCAAGAAAGAAGCGACAAAAGACACGAUUGAUGAAAAUAGCCCUUCUGAAAAGGCAGUGAAUGGUCCUGCUACGCCUGCUGUGGAUGAGCCUUCUAAAUUACAGCACAGCCCUGACGAAAAGAAAGUUACUGUUCAGGAGGAGGGAAAUAAUCAGGAAGAAGCAGUGCUGAAUGGUGUUUCAUAAACUGAAGUUCCUAGUUUACAGUUCUUCUACAUUACAUUUAAAAUAGUGCUUGUAUAAGCUUGCCAAAGAUAGAAUAUGGAUCGCCAGUCUUGACACCGCACUUUCAGUUCCUCCAUUUUGGAAUACAGAAAGGGGAGGGAUCCUGAAGAAAUCAUAUGUUAAACAUACUUUGACACCUACUGUGUUAUAAAUAUAUCAUCAGAUGUGCCUUGAGAUAGUAUAUGUAACAUUUAAAUAAACAAAAUUGCUGGCUAUAGGAAA